UCCAACGACGCGUGUCGAUUUUCAACUGAGCGCGUUACUGGCAUUGAACAACGUUCUGAAAAUAGCUAUCUUUGUGAGUUUUAAUUGCUGAUGAUAGACUAUUGGUACACUGAUAUUUGGAGCCGUGAAAUUGCACCUAUGGAUAUGCCAACGAUCGUACUGUAGUGUUAAUUAACUGUGCAUCACUGUAUGUACGUGUGGCGUGCAUCGUAUGGAGUUAUACAAGCAGUAGUGAACACUUUGCCUGCCAGGGAGAAAUUUUUCGACAAGUCGGCACAGAGCUCACCGUGGCCAAGUCGGUAAAUAGGUUGUGAGGUCUUCGCUAUGGAGGACUCAAUUGUCGCCCUUGGCGCAAUUGGGGCUCUAAAGGCUGCCAGUGCGUGCUACGAUGUCCUGACGUUGCCGAUCUACACCCUUAUGCAAAGGCCCUGGAACGAAUGGAAAAACAGAAGGUUGGUGUACUCUGUUCCGCUAAAUCCCGGUCAACCGCUACCCUCAGGAAUGAAAAGGGCUAUUUCACGUAAUAAAGGCGUUCUGGACGGGAUUACUACAAUGGAUCAACUGAUGAGAAGGGCCAUCGAGAAAUUUGCUGAUCGUAAAUGUUUCGGGUCGCGUGAGGUGUUCGCAGAAGACGAAGAAACACAGCCUGAUGGGAAGAUUUUCAAAAAGUAUACGUUAGGUGAAUACCGUUGGUUGAAGUUUCGUGAGGUUGACGAGAAGAUUAACCAUAUUGCUUCUGGACUGUUUCAGACAGGCAUCAGGUCCCGACAGAAUGUCGCGGUGUUUGCCGAAACCCGAAUAGAGUGGAUGCUUACCGCCCAGGCGCUGUUAAGAAACAAUGUGCCUCUUGUCACCUUGUAUGCGACCAUAGGAAAACAGGCUAUCAUACAUGGUAUCAACGAGACAGAGGUUACUCAUAUCAUUACCUCACAAUACCUUCUUGAAAAGAUCAUCGAAAUUCUGCCCCAUAUAAGCUCAUUGACACAUAUUAUCUACAUGGAGAAUCAUGGUUCGAAGAGCUUUCCGCCGAAUAUUGGUGGCAUCAAUCUUAUUUCUUUCUCCAAACUUAUCGAGAUUGGAGCUAACUCCGAUAAGGGUGUCUAUGGAGAGGUACCUGGUCCUGAAGAUACUGCAAUUAUUAUGUACACGUCUGGUUCGACCGGGGUGCCGAAGGGCGUCAUAAUUACCCACGCCAACCUCGUGGCAUCUGCUAAAGGCUACAGCACGAUCUUCCCAGACACGACGAAAAAGGACUCAUAUAUUGCAUACCUACCUCUGGCGCAUGUCAUGGAACUCGCCUGUGAGUCGAUGAUUAUGGCGAUGGGCGCUCGAAUCGGUUACUCCUCCCCACUUACGCUCACUGAUAAGGGUACAGGAAUCAGAUCUGAUCAGAGAGGAGACGCGAUCCUACUCAAGCCGACUAUGAUGCUGGCAGUCCCUGUCAUCCUUGAUCGCAUCAGGAAGGGAAUUAUCGAGGCUGCAGAGGCGAAGGGGUCAUUUAACAAGCAGCUUCUUCGUCACGCGAUAUCUUACAAGGCGUUUUGGCAGAAGGCAGGCUAUCAAACACCCAUUCUUAAUAAAUUUAUCUUCGAUGGCAUCAAGGCGAUCCUAGGCGGCCAGCUUCGAGUGUUGGCCACGGGUUCUGCCCCACUAUCCGCGGAGACCUUUGACUUUGUGAAGGCCUGUUUCGAUCUGUACCUCAUGCAAGGGUAUGGACUCACCGAAACCACUUCGGGUGUUACAGUCACCGAGUAUUCGGAUAAUAUCUCCGGUACUAGCGGUUGUCCCCUCGAAGGAGUUUACGUACGGCUUAUCGACUGGAAGGAGGGCGGCUACACUGUACAUGACAAACCAAAUCCGCGUGGAGAAAUUGUCGUUGGUGGAAAUACUGUCUCUAAAGGGUAUUACAAGAAUGAGGCCUUGACUCAUGAGGUGUUUUUUGAAGAAGAUGGCAUGCGUUGGUGUUACACAGGGGAUAUUGGGGAAUUGCUUCCUGACGGAACCAUUCGCAUCGUCGACCGUAAAAAGGACCUCGUCAAACUGCAGUUCGGAGAAUAUGUUUCAUUGGGAAAGGUGGAGGCUGAGCUAAAGACGUCGCCGCUUGUGGAAAAUAUCUGCGUCCAUGGCAACUCACUAUCCACGUUUCUUGUCGCGCUGAUUUCGCCCAACGUAAAGGCACUGAGACAACUUGCGAUGCAAGUUGGCCUAAAUCCAGUACACCUUAGUUUCGAGCAACUUUGCGAAAACCGUCAUAUUGUACAGGCAGCCACUGAGCAGCUGAUUCGGCACGCAAAACACUGCAACCUUAAUAAGAUGGAAAUUCCAUGGAAGAUAAAACUAUGCGCAGAGGAAUGGCAGCCGGGUUCCGGGCUCGUCACGGCGGCGCUAAAAAUUCGCCGAAAAGAGAUUCAGACGUUCUAUCAGCGUGAUCUUGAUCGAAUGUACGGGACGGCAACCUCAAACCGAGUCUAAAGAGGAAUAUUGAGACAAACCAGCUUCAUUAAAACAUACAGGAUAUAUUUCAUCGUCCCAUGAUCAAGUUUGCAGCAUAUUUCUUUAAGAAUAGUUAAUAAUAUAAAAAAAAAAGAAACAUGAUGUUUCGUAAAUUCAGAUAUUUUUUCCCUCUAAAAUCAACUCUAAUUCUUGCAUUUACUAUUUUCAUGGUCUAAUUUACCAGCUACUAACAUGAUGUUUUAAUAUGCAAAGGUUUUCGACAUAAGAUUCAGCAUUCUUCUUGCACAAUUCCUAAGAGAACAACGUAAAAAAAUCGUUUAGAUAACUUCUAGUUCCAAGUUCAACAAGCAUACUCUGAAUAUAGCUUUGUAUUAAUUUCCUGGAAAAUACCGCUAACGUAUCACAACUAGGACUAUUUAGUUAUCACCUAUUUUAACAAAUGUACAACAGAAUUUCGAACAUUAUCACAUAAUAUGAUAGUAGCGUUGGUUAUCGUCGACAUGUUUUGCAGACGUUCUGCCUACAUAUUUAGUUAUGUCCGUUUAGAAAUUCAGUAGCAGAAAGCAAAUGGUCAAGGAUUUGCAAAAAGACACUGAUCAUCUUGUUAUUUAUGCAACAACAGUACAAAUCAGUAUGAAAACCCCCAGUAUAAAAUGCAAGUUCCCAGACGGUAUGUGUUACUGACACGGCCGAUCUCAACAACUUGCUAAGUGCUCUUUUGGUUAUUUUCAAUAUGAAAGCUAGUAGAGCCUAUCUGAUAUAGGGAUUCCGUGAGGCCUGCUUCGAUAUUACGGCGCUUUGUGGGACGUUUAGAAUAUCUACCGAAGCAGAGGAACACCUUUAUGUGUCGGACCUACCUUCCAUAAUAUGAUAAGAUGUAUAGCGCAAAUCUAAUACACCAGGCACUCAGGUAUAACCAACAUUUGCUUAGACAAGAACAUUAUCAAGUUUAAAGUAUAUUUGGAUAUUAAAUAUGUAACUUCCACACGUUUCAAGUCUACUUUCAUGUAGUAAGUGAUGCAUAGAAUCGAACCGCGCACAACCCCACAAUUGUUCUGUAGACGAGCAUGGUGCUCUAAAUUGAUACUUCGUCGUUACAUCUCUCUCACUUCCUCUCUCUACAUGCACAUUUAUAUAUACAUAAGUUUCAACCGCCGCGUGAUUUUUCGAGUACUUCAUAAUAAUAGCGAACAACGAUAGUUAAUCUUAAAUAAGUCGGUUCCAUUUUUUUUUCGUUUUUUUUUUUUGUAAUUUCGACUAAACGACAGAAUAAGCAGCGCUGGUGUACCCUGGAUGUGCUACUAUAUGAAAUAAUGCACAAUAUUUGUAAAUCUUCUUUGAGGAAAAAGGUGAUAGGACUGCCUCAUUUGGCGUUACGUCAUACGUGCGAUUUCCGUUCGAAGGUCACAAAUUUUCAAUUCAGUAGAUUCAGUAAAUAUCACUGCUAUGUGAUAGGCGUACGCUUUUCGGGAAAUGCCAACCUGAGGCUAGCCGUUCCUUUAAUAUUUAUGUGUAAAUUUACUCAAUGCCAGAGUGAAAACUCGAGAAAAAAACUCUAAUCAAGUUUAGGGCGGCAGAAACAAUUUAGCUUUGCAUUAAAAUACUUAGAAAAUUCUUUGCAUUAGAGACUGUAAAAACGAUGAAAGUCAGGCCGUUACGAAAGUAGCUUCUUCGUAAUGAUAUUGUAGGAUUCAACUUUUCUCUAUGGUCUUAGGCGAGUACAAAAAAAGCGGUUAAAUUUGAUCUCUCAUUUUAGAACCCACGAAUAAUGAAUGUUGUUAUGACGUGUUGCAAGAACGGUCUCACUGCAUAAGUGGCUACAUAAUAAGUCAUUGUUUGUUUCAAUGGCGUCAUUUCUUGCGCUACCUAUAGGUAGAAUCUACAGUUGAUGCCACGUCACCUGCUCAACUGCGCUAAUUUAAAAAAAACUUCCACAAAAACACGUACACAUCUCCGCGCAUUUCGCUAUUUCAACUUAGAUAUGUCAUAAGGUUUCGUCAUUACCGCGUGAUGUAUAUAUUGUUCUAGGCACUAGUUUUGUUUACCAAUUAGAACGGCUAACGGAUAAACAACUACCAAAUAGACACGUAGCUUAACUGGGCUAAAACACUGACAACCCACAAAUGGGUAAACUGUAAUUUCAAGCGCACAUCGUACUGGAUUAUAUGAAAAAUGAGGGAAUACCCAUUUCUUUACGUGACGUUAGGUAACGGGAUGGCAGAACUGAAAGCACAAGCAGUUCCUGCUAAACCCCGUUGAAUCUAAUAUGUGAUUUGCCACCACCUCGGUAGAUUGAUAUAAAUAAUAUUGUGCAAAAUGUUCAACUGUGCUUCUAUUCAGUCUGAUCGUGUGAUAUUGUGGUGACCGCCUGGUGAUGUGAAGCGUAUGGGCACUGGCACCAAAGGAGAAUAAAUGAAUUUAACUAACUUUCUGAUGAAUAUAUCCAAUCUUGGUAUCAGGUGUAAGUUUCGAAACAGGAUCAGAUACUGUGUUCGAAAGGUCAAAAUAUAGGCCGAAAUAUAUUGGGAGAGAACACGAAUCUGAGCACGUAAAGCGCUUUCGACUUAUGUGAUAAGUAUCCACCAAGUAUUAACAGACUUCCAACUCGUUGUCCGCGCGAGAUUCCCUUCAGCGCCACCAUGGCGCGUGACUUUUUGGGGUACGGCCACGUUCUUCUACUCGGUAUUCUACAGUAGUUUAACGAAGCAAGCAUUAACAGGAGCCUCUACGGGUGUGAUUGCUCACUACGACAGUCGCAGGUGGUUUCUGCAGAGGAGCAUGGGCACAGGUGAAAGGUCACGAUCGUUGACCGAACCCACCUAAGUGUUCAUUGUUACACAGUCUCCCCAACAGUAGGUCAUACAGCACGUCGUCCUGUUCCGACCAAUGUUCCUAUGCUGAUCAGGAGGACAACGUUGAUAGGAAAGCAUAAUUGCACCGCGUAUCAACAAUGAACAGAUAUGAAAACGUCAAAUUUGAUGACGGCCUGACGAUUCGUUCCGCCGCUCUAUCAGCGACUCUUGAUCGGUGACGCGCUGCGAGCUACCUCCUCCGUCUUCUGUCUGCUCUCUUCGCUUUUCUGGAGCGACCGUUGUUGGCGCAUCAGAACAAGCAGCAGCAGCAGCAGCAGCAGCAACACUUGCCGCUGCAGCGACGGCAACAGCCGCAGCGAAUUACGGGACAGUCUACAAAAAAAGAUCGGUGCAGCGUUCGAAUAACUAACGUAUAACACCGACAUGGAGUGCGCGUGCAUCCAAAACCACCCCGAUAUACGCCAAUAAAUGCGGUCGUCAGCUAUCACAUCUUGUCCGUGCCCGUCGCCUGUCAAUCGCUGCAGACGGCGGUGCUUUUCUAUCUAUAAAUAGACAGACCGUCGGUUGGGUCUACUAUUAAACUCG